AUGCACCGAUCAGUCAUCAAGUCAAAGGAGCAAGAGGAUCAUGUGGGAGACCUCAGAAAAGCUUUCAUCAGGAUGAGGAAGCAUCAACUGAAAAUGAAUCCAAAAAAAUGCGCUUUCGGCGUCCAGGCGGGAAACUUCCUGGGUUUUUUGGUUCAUCAGAGGGGUAUCGAAGUGGAUAAGAAUAAGGCCAAGGCGAUCAUUGACGCCCCUGCUCCUCGCAGUAAGAAAGAAUUGCAGAGUCUGCUCGGAAAGAUCAAUUUCCUCAGGCGAUUCAUCGCCAAUUCGGCUGGGAAAGUCCAACCCUUCUCCUCUUUGCUAAGAAUAAAGGACAAGGAUCCAUUCCUAUGGGGGCUGAUUCAACAGGAAGCAUUUGAUCAGAUAAAGCAAUACCUGAGUAACCCACCAGUCCUCACGCCGCCGAGGAAGGGCGUCCCUCUAAAAUUGUAUAUUUAUGCUUCAGAUAACUCUAUCGGUAGUCUGUUAGCCCAAGACAAUGUAGAGGGCAAAGAACAGACUGUGUUUUAUCUAAGUAGAAUAUUACAGGAGGUUGAGACUCGGUAUUCUGCUAUUGAAAAGCUCUGUCUUGCAUUAUAUUUCACGGCAGUAAAAUUACGACAUUACAUGCUGCCUUUUACUGUUCAUAUAAUAGCUAAAACUGAUUUGAUCAAAUACAUGCUCAACAGACCCGUGCUAAGGGGACGAUUGGGAAAAUGGAUUCUGGCUCUUUCAGAGUUCAGUUUCAGAUACAUUCCUCAGAAGGCAGUAAAAGGGCAAGCUAUCGCAGAUUUUCUAGCCGCCCACCCUUGCGUCGAAAUUGAAGAUUUAAGCACUAUGGAAAUAGCCAACCUAGGCUUCCCACUUGAUCAAAGAAUCCCGAAACUUAAGAUCAAAAACGUCUUUGGGAAGUUACCGGGCCAGCGCGGACAGAUUUUAAUUCCCAUAAAAACUGUCCAAAUCAAACCAUGGAAACUAUUCUUCGACGGAUCAAGAUCAGAAUCCACAGCUGGUGCAGGGAUUGUCAUUGAAGAUCCAUUCGGAGCCAAAUUUGCAUAUUCAUUUCAGCUCGAUUUUGAUAGUACCAACAAUAGGGCCGAAUAUGAAGCUUUGAUUAUCGGCCUAGAAAUGGUACUGGAACUGGGGGUUACCCACCUGGAGGUCUUUGGAGAUUCUCAGUUGAUAAUCAAGCAGUUGACAAACGAAUAUAAAUGCAGGGAUCCGACCAUGGCAGCCUACUACGUCGCAGCCCGCAAUCUAAGCUCUAUGUUCAAAGAUAUAUCAGUCAAAUAUAUCCCGAGAAACGACAACUUGGCGGCCAAUGAGAUGGCACAAAUAGCAUCUGGCAUACAAAUACAGGAGCACCAGUCCGAAAGGACCAUUAAAGUCCAGAAAAGGUCCCUACCUUCAAUCCUCACUAGAGGGAUGAAUCUUGAGAUAAACACAAACGAGGUGCAGGCCGGAGAUUGGAGAAAACCGCUGAUUGAUUAUUUGACCAACCCAUCUCCAAGGGUGAGCAGGAAGACCAAAUACCACGCCACUAAAUUCCUAGUUAUGAACGGAGAUUUGUUUCGACGAACCAAGGAAGGAAUCCUCCUAAGAUGUCUGGGGCCGAAAGAGUCCAUGAGGGUCAUGGGAGAGAUUCAUGAAGGAUCCUGUGGUGCUCACCAAUCCGGAAAAAAGAUGCGAUGGCUGAUCCAAAGAUAUGGCUAUUUCUGGCCAACUAUGGAAAAGGACUGCUUUAACUACGCUAAAGGAUGCGAAGAUUGUCAAAGGAAUGGUCCGAUACAGCACCUACCAGCUGUCCCUUUAAAUCCGAUCGUCAAACCUCGACCUUUCCGAGGAUGGGCUAUGGAUUUCGUGGGCAAAAUCGUGCCUAGUUCAAGUAAUGAGCAUACAUUCAUUAUCGUGGCUACCGAUUAUUUCACAAAAUGGGUAGAGGCGAGUGCAGUCAAAUCCAUUUCCUCUUCGGUAGUGAUCAUCUUCGUUAAGCAGCACAUCAUCCACAGGUUUGGAAUCCCAGAAACAAUCACUACUGACAGAGGCACAUCCUUCAUUUCCAAAGAAAUCCAAGACUUUUCGGACGCCUACGGCAUCAAGUUCGUACAGUCCAGUCCCUAUUUCCCACGGGCCAAUGGUCAGGCAGAAUCCACUAACAAAGUCUUGAUCAACAUAGAAGACUUAGAUGCUAGACUUCCUCUAGAUUGGACCGAUUUUUGGCUAAGGAAGAUGAGAGGGAGCAUGUCUCUCCUACACAUAAAAAACCCAACAGUGGAAUGUCAAAAACCAUAA